AUGAGUAAUUCUAAACUGCAAUAAAAUUGGGAAAAAUUACAAAAAUUAUGUCAGCCAGGUCCGAGAUCCUCUUAAAAAAGAAGUUCAAGCAAAGACCAAAGAUCUAUUCCUAAUUUAUAAUCUAGCAGAUAAUUGUAGAGGAGAGCAUCCCAAUAGGAUUUGGUGUACAAAGUGGUUGAAUGCAGCACUUAAGAUAUAGAAAGCAAGAAUUCAAAACAAUAGCUGGAUUAACUAUUCAGUGGGUUGAAUGGUUUAUUGGGAUAUGAAUUAAUAAUGAAGAAGGGUAAAUUAGAUGAAUUGUUGAAGAAACUUAAAUUCUUUCUCUACUGUGAUUCUUUGGAGUAGAAGUCGCUCUGUUCAAAACUGGGGGAUUACAUAAUCAAUCCCAAACUGUGUAAUUAUAGUGAUGUAAACUUAGAUAAUCUGAUUGUGGCUCCUCAGGAGGAACAGGCGUCAAAGGAGAUGUGCGAAUUACUUAUACAAGAAUUAUAGUUAUAAAUUAGUAAGCGGAAGUAAAUAGAGUGGAAUUACUAAGCAUUAAAAGAGAAAAGGAAAUAGGAAUCACAAGAAUAACAGGAUGAAAUAGCAGGUUUGAAGCAGGCUGUUGCGUUAUUAGAACAACAGAAUUAAACAAUUUAAUAUAAAAUACGAAAUGACAACCUUUAUUAAUAAUACGAGGAGUUGAAGAGAUUCAAUAAGUCAUUGAGUCACAAGAACGAUGAUCUAUAUUUUCAGAAUCUGUCCUUGUUGGAGAAACUUCAAUCAGUGUAUAAGCAAGUGGACGUGUUUUAAACCGAACAACUACUGUUCCCCUACAUGUUCUAGAAAGAAAAGUACGAUGAAGCAUUACAAUCCAUUAAAAAAAUAGUGGACGAUAUCAUAAAUCUUGAUAUCCAGAGGCCUCAACAAUUCAUUGAUGUGGAUUACAAGGACAAAGUCACCAAUAUGACUCCAAGGCCGAAUUAUGAGCACUUGAUUUCAAAAUACAAUACCAAGAGCAUUAAGUACAUUCGUCAGUUACAAUCUACUAAUGAUAUUAUUUCAUAUUUGAUAUAAUAAUUAUAUUAAUAUACAUGA